AAUUCGUAAGUCGUACAAAUCGCUAGCAGUUACGGCCGGUUAGUGGCAAAAAGACAAUUUAUCAGACAGACAACGAGAUCAGCUGAAAAAUACUGUUUGUUAAAAUAAAUAAAUAAUUGUAGAAGAAUUUUGUUCAUGACCACAUGGAAAAGUGCACCGUGCGUUUCAGCUACACGUAUCCAUAAUAUACAAAUAUAAAUACAAAAAAAAAAACACAUUAACCAACAAGAAAAAAGUAUCUCAAAAAUAUAUAUUUUGAAGAAUAUAUCUGAAAGUCAUUAGGGUAAUAAAUGAAAGUUCGGGUAUCUGUGGGAUGAAAUAGAAAUUCUAGACUCUCUGCUGUAAUUGUAGGCCUAAGCGUUAUUCUUGGCGUUUGUUGUGAUCAAACCAAAUGGCGCAUAAUUUCAACGUGAAAUAGACAAAAACAACAAACGGAUAUAUAGGUAUUGCCGUGGCCAAAAAACCCAGAUACAUAAUAAAUAUAUAGAUAAAGCCAUAGCUAUAGAUAUAGUACAUAGAUAUAGAGCAGUUCCCACCGAUUAACACAGUAAACUGUUCUAUUGCAAAACCGCAAGAUGACGACGCGAGGCAUACGGCGUAAAAAGUCAACAUUGACGGAGCUGAAAAUCGCCGUUAUCGGCUCGCCCAGUGUUGGAAAGAGCGCCUUAAUUGUGCGUUUCUUAACAAAGCGUUACAUCGGCGAAUAUGAUCAUCAGACUGAGAAUCGUUACAAGCACGAGGCCAUGGUCGAUGGGGAACCGGUGCUAUUCGAAAUACUGGACACAUGCCCCAAGGCUGAUGAUGAAUUUCCCAAUGCAGCCGAGCUAAUCCAAUGGGCCGAUGGCUUGCUGCUUGUCUACUCCAUAACUGAUCGUCGCAGCUUCAAUUAUAUACGUCGUGCCAAGUCCGAUUUACAGUCGGAUACACCCGUCCAACUGUGUGCCAAUAAAGUGGAUAUGGUACAUCUCCGUCAAGUUAGUCGCGAUGAAGGCGAAAUUCUGGCCAAAGACUUUGAGUGCAAGUUCAGUGAGGUCUCCGCAGCGGAUCACGUGGAUCAAGUGGCCGAGGUAUUCAACGAGCUCUGCAAGGAAGUGCUCGCCUGCAAGCGCAAGUCCAAGCAGAGUCUCCUCGAACGCAUGCUCGGCGGUACCAGACCCUACAGCAGAGGAAAGAGCGACAGCAACUUGCCAAAAGACUGAAAUCUCAUAUAUUAUGUUAAAAUAAACCAUUUUUUAAAGCAUACCAAAA